CCUGCAUCUCGAAGUGAGAUGCCUCGCCACACCUGCGUACGUUCAGUCAUUCAAGUGAGUUUGCAGCGUACGCUGAGAGAAAAUCUUGUUUUUGGUCGUAACAAGUCGCUAUCUAUCUAGCUAGGUUUAUCAAACUAUUUCCUUGUUUACCGAGGACGUUUCUUGAAGGAGAACGUCUUUAUCAACAUUCGAAAGGAUUAAAGACACCGUAUCCGCUUCACUAAAGUGGUCACAGAAUGUGGGCCAUUUCUCCAGAGGAGAGGGACAAAUAUGACAAACAGUUUGGUACCCUCUCGCCAGCUCAGGGUUACGUUUUGGGAGACCAGGCACGCAAAUUCUUCCUGCUGUCCGGCCUCCCUGCUGAUGUUCUGGCCAAAAUCUGGGCACUGGCAGACUUGAACAAAGAUGGGAAGAUGGACCGUCUGGAGUUCUCGAUAGCCAUGAAGUUAAUCAAGCUGAAGUUGCAGGGCCACGGUUUGCCUUCUACUGUGCCACUUAUCAUGAUGCAGUCAACCACAGUGUCCUCCACUGUGCCCUCAUCACACAUUACACCACCCAACUCUUCCUCCUCCUUGCCCCUUGGGAUCAAUGGAACUGAGAUGACCAAUCUGCAGCCUCGACUGGACUUGGGGUCAAACAGCUCCAGCGCUUUGUCUUCUCUGACAACUAACUCACCAAAAGUGGCCUCUGUGGACUGGGCAGUGCCACAGGCAUACCAGCUGAAGUACCACCAGCUCUUCGAUAGCCUGGACAAACAGAAGACUGGAUUCCUCUCAGGUCCCCAAGUCAGGAGUGUUUUGGCAGCCUCACACCUCACCCAAGCUCAACUCGCAACCAUUUGGAACCUGGCAGACAUAAACAAGGAUGGGAGGCUAACGGCUGAGGAAUUUAUUCUUGCCAUGCAUCUAGUGGACAUGGCAAAGAUGGGCCUUUCUCUUCCUCUCACUAUACCUGUGAAACUUGUACCCCCUUCUCUCAGAGGGCAGGGAUCUAGUGGUGGGACAAAUGGAACCACUCCCACUAACUUGGGCAAUGUGACAUCUGAAGACAAACACAAUAACACUGACAAGGGCCAUGUGGAGCUGGAAAGGCGGAAACAAGCCCUACAAGAUCAGCAGCAAAGGGAGGAGGAAUGCCGGCUUCAGAAGGUGCAGGACGAGAAAGAGCGACAUUUGAGGGAGGCCAGGGAGGAGGUGAGGAAGAGGCAGCUGGAGCAGGAACGGAGGCUGGAACGCCAGCGUCAAAUGGAGAGGCAGAAAGAGGAGGAGAAACAAAGACAGCGAGAGAAGGAGCUGGCAGUGAAGCAAGAGCUGGAAAUGCAGACUAAGCUGGAGUUGGAACGGAAGAGAUGGAAGGAACUGGAAAGCCACAGGAAUGAGGAACUGCAGGACAUUGCUCAGCUCAAGGCUAAGAGGAGGAGCCUGGAACUGGAGCUGGAAGCUAUGGGCAACAAGCACAAGCAGAUUUCAGACUCUCUGUGGGAUGUCCAAAACAAGAAAAAGAUCCAGAAGACUGAGCUGGACCUGAUCAACCAGAAACACAAAUGCUGUGUUAAUGAAAUCAACACCCUUGAACAGCAGUUUGAGGACUUUCAGAAGAAACUGAAUAAGUUAGUUCCAGAACAGCAGAAGCUGAGUGAGAGACUAUGCAACACAGGUUUGAGCAACCUAACCACUUCAACGAUGACCAUGCUGAAGAGGAGUGUUGGAGAAAAGGACAAAGCAUGUAGGAAGUUAAAGGAGCAGCUGGAAGACGUGGAGACGGUGAUCAACUGUAAGCUUUUAGAGAUGGACCACAACACACAGGUCAUCGAGAAGCUGAAAGAGAGCCAAAGAAGGCAGCAGUCAGCCCUGGACAAGCUCUCUACCAUCAGAGAGGAAAAGCUGCAAGAGCUUGAGAGACUAAGGCAACAAGACCUGGAGAAUAGGAAGAGGGAGGAGGAGGAGGCUGACAGGCAUGUUAUGCUGGAGCAGGAACAUUGUAGGCAUCAGCAGGAGCAGAGGGAGGCAUCAGUGCGUGAGGAGGCACGUCAGAAAGAUGAGGAGCAUCAGAGAAAGGAAACUAAACAACAGAGGCAAGAACAACUGCAGAGAGAGGAGGAGGAACGUAAGAGAGAAGACGAGACUGCUAAGGAAGAGGAGGCAGAACGUCAGAGGCUAGAGAAGCUACAGAGAGAUGAGGAACAGCAGGAGCAGAAGGCCAAAUGGAAAGAAGCAGCAGAGGAGGAGAGGAAGCAAGAGCAACGCAAGCUAGCAGAUGAGCUAAAGAGGAGACAGUUGGAGCUAGAGCAGAAACACAGAGCAGCUGAGGAAGAGCAAAAGAAGCAAGAGGAGCACAAGGUGAUAGAUGAAGCUAAGAGGAGACAGGAGAUGGAGAUGCAGAGUGAUGGGGAUGGAAGACAGCUGGAAGGGGAGAGAAAGGAGGAGGAGACCAGAGAGGAGGCGAGAAGACCAACGCAGAAGGAAGAAGUGCCUACGGCGAAACUGAAGGACGAGGCCGUCAGGCACCAUCAACAGCCACAAGCUUCGACAAAGUCGACUAUUAAGGGGAAGGUGGCUGCUCUCCUUAAAGGUAUCGAGGAGCGAAAAGGUGCCAAACGCGAAAACCGUAAAGGGAACAGGAAGUCAGCCACCCUGGCCAUGUACAGAGGUCUCUAUCCCUUCACUGCUCGGAGGCCCGAGGAGAUGAGACUUGAGGCUGAUGACCAGAUCGAGGUGGAUGAGACCAGAGAAGGGGAGAAGGGGUGGCUGUAUGGCUAUCUGCAGGGAUCCGAGGGCUGGUUCCCAGUGAGUUAUGUGGAGAAACAAAUGCAACCUGAGGCCUCCCCUGCAACAAAGCAAUCCAUGCCACCUCAGAUCAUGCCUUCUGCUUCCAGGUACAACAAGCCAGAGGAUGAGUCCAGUGUUCUGGAAAUGGUUCAGAAUGUCCCUGAUAACAAUGGUAGGCCCUCUGCCCCUACCCCAGAGCCAGCCUCCACAAAGCUAGAACAGGCACAGGCACUAUGCUCUUGGGCAGGAAAUACGGAAAGCCAUCUGAACUUUGCAAAGGAUACGGUGAUCACAGUGCUGGAGCAGCAGGAGGAAUGGUGGCUGGGGGAGCUGAAUGGCAAACACGGCUGGUUCCCAAAGUCCUUCGUCACUCUAUUGAGUCCAGAUGGGGAACACACAGAACAUCUGUACCCCUCAGUAGAUGGAUAUGACACAUUAGACACUACUCAGCUACAAGAGUAUGUGGCCCUGUACACCUACACAAGUCCAGAGCCAGGUGACCUGACAUUUGAUGAAGGGGACACUAUCCUCAUAAUGGAACAAGGGGGAGACUGGUGGAAGGGCAGAAUCGGAGACAGAACUGGAGUCUUCCCAUCCAACUACGUCAAGCCAAAGGAAAUGGAUGGAGGGGGUGAGAAGCAGCAGAAAGGUCAGUUCCCUUCCUCCCACGUUGAGCUCCUGGGCUCGGAUGGAGAGAGGUCCACACUGGCGCCUGUCCAAACCCUAGGUUGCCAAGUUGUGGCCAUGUAUGACUAUCAGGCAGAAAACCAGGAUGAGAUUAGCUUCUCUAAUGGUCAGCUGAUAAAUGUACUGGAGAAGAUUGACCAUGAUUGGUGGAAAGGAGAAAUCAAUGACAUCAAGGGCCUCUUUCCUGCCAACUAUGUCAAAAUGACGACUGACACAGACACAAGUCAGCAAUGCUUGACUGACAUGGAAGCCAUGGGUCCACAGGAGAAAAAGAGGCAGGACUACAUCCAAGAACUCAUUGAAUCAGAGGAGCGUCACCUGGAGGACCUACAAGUGGCUCUGGAGGUCUUUCACAAGCUAAUGUCUGAAUCAGGUCGGCUGACGGAGCUGGAGCUCAGCACGAUCUUCCUCAACUGGGAUGAACUCAUUGUGUCCAGCAAUAAGCUGAUCAAGGCCCUGCAGGAGAGGAAGAAAAAGAGUGGGGAGAAUGUACCUGUACAGAAGAUCGGGGAUGUGCUUGCCUCUGAGCUCUCCAACAUGCAGGCCUACAUUUUCUUUUGUUCCUCCCAGCUCAAAGGCGCUGCCCUCCUGCAGCAGAAGACAGACCAAGAGCCUGAAUUUAAGGAGUUCCUCAAGAAAAUAGCCACAGACUACCGCUGUAAAGGGAUGCCGCUGUCAAGCUUCAUGCUCAAGCCUAUGCAGAGGAUCACCCGCUACCCUCUCAUUAUCAAGAAUGUAUUAGAAAGCACCCCUGAAAUGCACGUAGACAACAUUCUGUUGCGGAGAGCCCUCGAGACAGCCGAGAAACUGUGCUCGCAGGUCAACGAGGGGGUCAGGCAGAAGGAGAAUGAGGAACGGCUGGAGUGGCUUCAAAGUCAUUUGCAGAGUGAUAGUGUCAUCGAGAAUUUUGUCUUCAACUCCCUUACCAACUGCCUGGGGCCACGCAAGCUUUUGCACAGUGGGAAACUUCACAACAAGAGCAAAGUAAACAAGGAGCUGUAUGUCUUCCUUUUCAAUGACUUCCUUCUCCUCACCCAUACUGGCAAGCAGUUUUCCUCAUCAGGAGGGGACAAGCUCUUCAGCCCAAAGUGCAACAUGCAGUUGAAGAUAUACAAAAUGCCGGUGUUUUUGAACAAGGUUGUCAUCAAAUUGCCUUCUGACCCCUCAAGCGAAGAGCCAGUUUUCCAUAUUUUACACAUCGACCGUGUUUACACACUCAAGACUGAAAGCAUCAAUGAGAGGGCAACCUGGGUCCAGAAGAUUACAACUGCCUCAGAGGAGUUCAUGGAGAUGGAGAAGAAGCAGCUAGAAAAGACAUACCAGGGGCGCUCUCAGAAGGGCAGUGAAAUUGGCCGACUGCUUGUAACAGUCCUGGAAGCCACUGAUCUCCAGCCCUGCAAGGCCAACGGAAAGGGCAACCCAUACUGCGAGGUGACCAUGGGUGAGCAGUACUACACCUCUCGUACCCUGAAUGACACCCUCAACCCAAAGUGGAACUUCAACUGCCAGUUCUUUCUCAAAGACCUGCACAAGGAUGUCCUCUGUAUUACAAUACGAGAGAGGGAUCAAUUCUCCCCCGACGGUUUCCUGGGCCGUACAGAGGUUCUCCUAGAAACCAUCAAGAAGGAGCUGAAGAACAAAGGACCAACAAACCGGAGGCUGCUACUGCAUGAGGUGGAGGCCGGUGAGGUGUGGGUCCAACUAGACCUGCAGCUGUUUGAGAAUAAAUAAACUCUAUGGGGGUCACACUCCCCUGAGGGACACACUGCCUGGAGGAAAAAUGCACACAAACCUAUACACAGACACACGCAUGCACCUGUCUACAUCACACACUAAUGAGCUGAUAAUGUGAUUAUUGGUAUCCACCGCUUGCCCUACCAAAGGCAUCACUCCAACCUAGACUGCAGUGGACCACUGUGAACCCAGCAUUGCAGGGUGAAGCAUCCCAAGGCUUUCUCUUCACCUACUACUCUUUUAAACCUGAAACUGGACUUUACCAAACUGUUUGUACUGUUUUUCUAGGUCAUUAUAAGGUCCACAAGAUAAAUUUGCAGGAAUUAUUUCAUAGUCUUAUUACUAGUAUUUAUCUUAGGGAUUUUCUGGAAAUGUGUAUAAUGGUGAAAUGAAAGGGUAUCUGAGAAGUUGAUCUGUGAAGUUUCUCUGAUAUUCCAUUCUGACUUUUUAAAUAAAGAUGAAUAAAAAUGAACUAAAAGCAAUGUUUAAA